UUCAGUUCUUUGGAAGGUGUUUCCGGUCGGGUCUGAGUGAGGGGCCUGGAUUUCUGGUCAAUGUUUGGAGCGGGUCUCUCCCAGUCUUUCCCUCAGUAGCCCACUGGAUUUAGCUGUCAGCCAGGUCCCUUGUCAUGCACUUGGUUGGUUUAUAGCCUAACCUUGGAAAUACGGACUGGAAAGAUCGAUUUUUCACGUCGGGUGCUCAGGGGAGGGCUCAGACUGAGUAGGAAGUGGUGUUUCGUGGGUUGGAAAUCAGGCCAGGCCCUUUUCCUGUGAAUGUUAUAAAACCGGGCUUCGAACCAGCGAUCCUCAAACCCACUACGUGCACCCAUGUCGAUGUUGUGAGCUGUUUUACGCCGAACUAACCUCAGGGAUUCCUACUACCACAGCUUUCAAGAACGUGCAAGAGUUGUGUUAGAGUCUACAGUGCAAGAAAAAUGUGGGCUGCACUAGCCUACUGCGUGCUAUUUCUAGCAGUGAGCACGUCUGCUCAGAACUGCGACAAUGGGAGCUGCUAUCCUGCCACGGGCGACCUCCUGGUGGGGAGAGAAAAGAACCUGACUGCCUCGUCCACCUGUGGUACCCAGAACCCCACGCAGUACUGCAUAGUUAGCCACUUACAGGACAUCACCAAAUGCUUUAUCUGCGACUCCCGCCAGCCUUACAGAGAGUACUACAACGAGAACAGCCACCGCCCCGAGAACAUGGUCACCACGUUCACGGAGAACCGCAGGAAGACGUGGUGGCAGUCCAUGAACGGCGUGGAGAGCGUCCACCUGCAGCUGGACCUGGAGGCCGAGUUCCACUUGACUCACUUGAUCAUGACCUUCAAGACCUUCCGCCCCGCCGCCAUGCUGAUCGAGAGGUCGUCGGAUUUCGGGCGCACGUGGCAGGUGUACAGGUACUUCGCGUACAACUGUCCCGAGAGCUUCCCCGGAGUGCCGCAGCGACUGCCGCAGAGGAUAGGAGAAGUGGUGUGCAUCUCCAGAUACUCCCAGGUCGAGCCCUCUACUGAAGGAGAGGUCAUCUAUAGGGUGCUGCCCCCAGCCCUGGAGGUCGUCGACCCCUACAGCCAGGAAGUGCGUGACCUUCUGCGCAUCACCAACCUCCGCAUCAACUUCACCAAGCUGCACACCCUGGGAGACGAGCUGCUGGACAACCGGCCCAAGAUCCGCGAGAAGUACUACUACGCCGUGUACGACAUGAUCGUCAGGGGCAACUGCUUCUGCUACGGCCACGCCGAGACCUGCGAACCUGUGGACGGAGUGACUCCCGUGGAGGGAAUGGUUCAUGGCAAGUGUGCCUGUAAGCACAACACCAAAGGUCUGAACUGUGAGGCCUGUCAGGACUUCUUCAACGACCAACCCUGGAGACCCGCGCGUGGACGGGAAACCAACGCCUGCAAACGCUGUAACUGUAACAGUCACUCCAACAAGUGUCACUUUGACCCUGCGGUGUACGAGCAGACCGGGCGCGUGAGUGGCGGCGUGUGCGACGACUGUCAGCACAACACCAUGGGCAGAAACUGCGAGGAGUGCAAACCCUUCUACUACCAGGACCCCAACAAGGACAUCCGCGACCCCAACAUCUGUCUACCAUGUGACUGUGACCCUGAUGGUGCGGUGAACGGAGGAGAGUGCGAGAGCCGCACGGACCCCGCCAACAACCUGGUUGCCGGGCGCUGUAUCUGCAAGCGUAACGUGGACGGGGAACGCUGUGAUCGCUGCAGGGGUGGAUACUGGAACAUGCGAGCAGACAACCCCGAAGGAUGUGAAGCGACCCCAUUGGUCCCUCAUAAGUUGCAUGCCGACGAACCGGAGAGCAGCAGCUGGCUCCGACAGGGCCAGCCCAUGUGGCCCUACGUGCCCGGUCUACGCCAAAACGGUCCCUGUCAGUGCAACCCCAUUGGAACGUCUCGUGACCAGACCUGCGACCCGCGGACUGGAGACUGCAUCUGCAAGCGCCACGUCACCGGCAAGAACUGCGAUAGCUGUGUGCCUGGGUUCUUCGGCCUGAGCGACAUCGAGGAAGGUUGCCGACCAUGUGACUGCGACCCGGGCGGUGCAAUCGACAGCCAGUGCAACCAGCUGGAUGGGCAGUGCAAGUGCCGUCCUCACAUGACCGGACGCCGCUGCGACGAAGUCCAGCCUGGUUUCUACGCCAUCAACCUGGACAACUACAAGUACGAGGCUGAAGACGCCCUGCCCAAUGGAGAGGCCCAGAUCGACAUGCGUCAGUGCGUUCCCGGCGCCACCAGGACGUGGACCGGCCCCGGGUUCCGGUCCAUGCGGGAGGGCAGCAGCCUGGAGUUCACCAUCAACAACAUCCCCAUGUCCAUGGAGUACGACAUCGUGAUUCGCUACGAGCCGCAGCUGCCCGACUCCUGGGACGAGGUGGGCGUGACGCUGACCCGCCCGGGCAUCAUCGAGACCAGCAGCAUCUGUGGAAACACCAUCCCCUCCGACGACGUCCUCAGCACCUCUCUCCCACCUGGAAGCAGGUACCGCGUGAUGGCCACACCCUUCUGUCUGGAGGAGAUGAAGGAGUACACCAUCAAGGUGGAGUUCCGCUCCUACCAGAGCGGCCGCACCAACCCCCAGGCUGCCAUCCUGUUCGAUUCACUUGUGCUCGUACCGAGGUACACCAGCGUGCCCAUCUUCCAAGGACAAGAGGGACAGUCGCGUCGGGACGAGUUCGAGCGCUAUCGCUGCCAGGAGAACUACCUCCCCGUGCUGAAGCCGCAGAUCCCACCCAUCUGUAAAAGCAUGGUGCGGAGCAUCUCCGCUAUCAUGCACAACGGAGGCAUGCGAACCCCAUGUAAUUGUGACGUCAACGGCGCCGAGAGCACGGUCUGUGAUCCCGAGGGAGGGCAGUGCCCGUGCAGGAACAAUGUGAUUGGCCAACGCUGCGACAUGUGCUGCCCUGCCACCUUUGGCCUCGGCCCACAGGGAUGUAGAGCUUGUGACUGCGAUGCCAGCGGUUCCCGCGACCUGUUCUGUAACCCCAGCAAUGGUCAGUGUCUGUGCAACCCCGGGGCUUAUGGCCGCCGCUGCAACCGUUGCCAGGACAACUUCUGGAACUUCCCCAACUGCCAGCGCUGCAACUGUAACGGCCACGCCGACCGCUGUGACUCCGUCACGGGCUCAUGUAUCGACUGUAGGGACAACACGGCCGGGCAGUUCUGUCAGACGUGUAAGGAUGGUUACUAUGGCGACCCCCGCCUGCAGCCUGGUGGCUCACAGCCGUGUAGGGAGUGCAUGUGUCCCGGUGGGAUCAGCAGCGGCCGCCAGUUUGCGGACAGGUGCUACCAGGACCCACGCAGCCAGGCCGUCAUCUGUAACUGCAACGAGGGAUACACUGGUCCCAGAUGCGACAGCUGUGCACCUGGUUUCUAUGGGAACCCAGAGGUGCCCGGCGGGAGCUGCCGCAGGUGCGAGUGCAACAACAACAUCGACAUGACCGACUCGUCCGCGUGCGACAGCCGCACGGGAGAAUGCCUCAAGUGCCUGUACAAUACGGAGGGACCCCGCUGCGACCGCUGCCAAGCAGGCUAUUAUGGCACGGCCAAGGACCAAGACUGCAAGCCUGUCAGUUUCCAGGUCUUGUCAAAUUCCCUCAACUAUGAGGAGACAGGCCUUAACAAACUGCUCCGAAAGCGAAGGGAAACCACAGAUUUGUACGGUCAUUACAACCAGCUGUCCAGAGGGGCUCUAGGUUAUCCGUUCGCCAGGCCUCGAGUCCCCCUCUCCUCCAAGCCACGAGCCCCCCUCGCCAGGCCAGGGCCAGUCCCCCCCAGGCCAGCAGGCCCCACCACCAGACAGCAACCUAGUUGCGUGUGUAAUAUGCUGGGAACGGACCGCACACGCGCCCGUUGUCAGGACGGAGGCCUGUGUGAGUGUGACCGUGCCACCGGGCAGUGUCCGUGUCUGCCCAACGUGGUUGGUCAGCAGUGCGAUCGCUGUGCCCCCGACUACUGGAAGAUCGCCAGCGGAAGAGGCUGCGAGGCCUGCAGCUGUGAUCCGGUCAACUCCCUCUCCACUCAGUGCAAUGAGUUUGAUGGACAGUGUCGCUGCAAGCCCGGAUUCGGAGGACGUACCUGCACAGACUGCGAGACCAACUACUGGGGAGACCCACGAUCCCAGUGCUCGGAAUGUAACUGCGAUCCUCUGGGUUCGGAGACGCUGCAGUGCGACAGGAACACCGGCCAGUGUCGCUGCCGCCCUGGUGUUACCGGCAUGAAGUGCGACCAGUGUGCCCGCGGCACCAGGGGGAACCUCCCACAGUGUGUGCCCUGUGGAGAAUGCUUCGACAACUGGGACAACAUCAUCAAGGGCUUGGAAAAUGAGACCAGACACGAACUUGAUCGUGCAAAGAACAUCGAGUCAUCCGGUGUGCCGGGUGCGUACGACGACAGGUUCAAGGGCAUCGAGGAUGACCUGAACGCAGCGAGAAACCUGCUGGGCGGCGGUCUUCCGGACGGAACCGGUGUCCAGGAACUGGAGGCUGAACUGGACGGGCUGAAGGACCAACUUGAAACCCAGGACCAGUCUCUUGAUGGCAUUGAGAACGACCUUGGGAAAGCCUCUCAGGACAUCAGGGGGGCUAACGAUGACCUUGACGACUUGGAGGGUCGGUUGAACAACUUGAACAAAGAUGUUGACGACUUUAAGAAGGAUGUGGACAGGGUGAAGAACACAAACACUGUCGAGGCUCUCAAGAGCAUCAAGGAAGCCCAGCAGAAGUCCCAGGAUGCCCAGGCGAAGGCUGACGGCACGCAGCCCACCCUCGGAGAGUCCGAGCAGACUCGCGAGGAGGCGGAGAGGCUCAUGGCAGCUAACACCGGAAACUUUGGCAACACCGACAAUGAGCUGAAGAACAAGAUCGCUGAGCUGGAAAACCAGGCCGACAUGCUCAGUUUGAGGGAGGUUAAUGAGAAGGUGUGUGGAGAUCCCAUUGACGAGACCACGCCCUGCGAGCAAGCCAAGUGCGGCCGUGCUGGCUGCUACUCCGGCACUCCACAGACCCUGAAGUGUGGAGGCCUGGGCUGCUCGGGUGCCCUGGAGGUGGCCAACACGGCCAAGGAGCGUGCCGAGAAGGCAGAUGCUGAACUGCAGAAGGUGGAGGAUGAAGCCAGGCGCGUGCUGGACGAGGUGCGCCGUGCCAAGACUGACGCAGAUGACGCCAAAACAUCCGCCCAGAAUGCACUUGACCGUGCUAAGGAAGUCCGUGACAAGUUCAAAGGUCUUGAUGACAAGGUGAACGCCCUCCUGGAACAGAUCAGCGCCUUCCUCCAGGGCGAGCACGCCGACCCAGACAGUGUCCUCGCUGUGGCCCAGGAGGUUCUAGCCAAGAACAUCCAGUACACCCCGCAGCAGAUCCUUGAUCUGGCGAAGAACAUUGACGAGAAGGUGAAGACCCUGUCAGGUGUGGAUGCCAUUCUGGAGGCCACAGAGAACGACCUGAAGACUGCACAGGACCUGCUGUCUGCAGCAAUGAAGGCCAAGGAGGAUGCCGACAAGGUGAAGACCACAGCUGAAGAGGUACGACAAGCGUUGGACGCGGCUGAAGUUGCCCAGCGCGAUGCAGAACAGGCCAUCCGGGAUGCUCAGGGUGACAUCGACGACGCAGAAGGCAAACUCACAGGGAUUGAGUCAGAAAUCAGCUUGGCAGUGAACAAGAUCAACGAUGCUUCAGCAAAGAUCGCCCAGAUGAACAAUGAAUUGACCAACGAGAUCGGCCCUAAGUACACCAAGAACCAGGAGAACACCAAGUCUGCCAACGACAUCGCCAAUGCUGCCAUGAAGAAGGCAAACGAUGCCCGUAGUCAACUGGAUGACCUGAGAGCCAAAUACGAGGAGGCUCAGAGGAAGGUGAAUGACCAGUCCACGCCGGGAGACACGUCCGCACAGGCCACCAAGCUGAGACAGGACGCUGCUGCGCUCGCUAGCGAGGUCCAGAAACAACUCACAGACCUGCAAAACCUGAAGCUGUCCUUCACCAGUCAAACAGAAACACUGACCACGAAGACAACGGACCUGACAGAACUGCAGCGACGAAUGGAGACCAUUCUACAAGAAAUCACCACCAAGGCCACCGAAUACAGCACCUGCACGACAUGAGGCUGCUUCCGUCACGCCAGUCUUCUUCGCACGAUUACAAACAUCCGGAUGUAUUUAUUUGAUGAACUUUUGAGAUUAAGAAACGGUAUGAGGCAUCUCUCUACAAGCGCAGAACACAUUUCUAUUGUCAGCUGUCUCAUAAGUAGCCUUAGUCUAAAGGUAGUGAAAUAUUAAACAUUGUUCGAGACCAUCUGUGGGCUCAAUGAUGAACCAAGCUGUACAUUCACUUCAGAAAAUGUCUUUGCUUUCUCCGUGGAGGUUUAGUCUCCAGCCAUCUGUAUAUUGCUAUUUUAGAGACACAGCCAGUCUUUGUGAGCUACGGGACCACCAACUUCUAUUAUAGCCAUGUAUAUCAUAACAUAUUCAUCUU